CCGCUGCUUCCAUGAACCGCAUCAGCCCCUCGGUUUAUAAAAAUAAAAGCACGUUAUUGUGUCUGGCUCUGAGGAUUUAAAACCCUGAGGUGGUGAAGAAAGCGGACAUAGUGGAUAAGAACAUGAGCGAUCAGAUGCGGGCGGAGAGAGACGCUCUGGCCCCCAGUAAAAACCCCUUCAUCAAGCGGCUCUAUUACUCCCUGCAGACGGCCACCAAGGUUUAUUUGCUGUGUGAGGACAUGAAAACCAAGACAUCCACGGCUGGAGGGACGUCAGAGGUCCGUGUGAAGAAAGAGGAGACACUGGAGCUGAAAAUCUACAACCAUAGAGAUGACCUCGACAACCCACCUGAAGGUCUCUCUGUUAAAGUGGACGAUCCUGACAGUAAAGACUACCUCUACUGCGAAUUUUGCAAAUCCUUCUUCCUCAACAAAUGUGAGGUUCAUGGACCACCCCUCUUCAUCCCCGAUACUCCUGUUCCCAUGGGAGUCCCUGACCGAGCCAGACAAACACUUCCUCCUGGACUAGAAAUCCAGAAGUCCAGUAUUCCUGAUGCAGGCCUGGGAGUGUUUAAUAAGGGGGAGACUAUUCCAGUAGGUGCACACUUUGGACCCUGCCAGGUAGAGCUGGUGAACCGAGAGGAAGCCAGGAACAGUGGAGACUCCUCGGUUGUAUACAGGAGCAUGCAGUGUGAAGAAUACAUCAAUGCCAAAAGAGAGAUGCAUGUGAAUUGGAUGAGGUAUGUGAAUUGUGCCCGUAAUGAAGAACAGAAUCUUGUGGCAUUUCGGUAUCGAGGGGGAAUUCUGUAUCGUUGCUGUCGACCCAUUAACCCAGGACAGGAGCUCUUGGUGUGGUAUGAAGAGGGGCACACCAAAAAACUCAGUCCUGCACCUACAGGAACAACCAGACAGCAAGAAGUAAAGAAGACUUUGCUGCAGGUCUUUUCCUGCUCCACAUGUCCUCGUUCCUAUGCAUCUCAAAUUUACCUCGACAAACACAUCCAGAGGUGUCACUAUGAAGAGUAUGUGAGACUGCAGGAAUCAGGAGAGAUUAAAUAUGAGCUUCAGAUCCCCUCCAAAUGCUCCAGUCAGCCAACAUCAUCUGAUGCUCUCAGUUUUGACACUUCUCAUAAUGAUAUACAGAAGGAAAUUCACCACUGCUCAGACUGUGGAAAGAGUUUUGGUCAUCAGAAUGCGCUCAAGACACACCAGCGCAAUCACACAGGAGAGAAGCCGUUUCACUGCUCACAGUGUGGGAAGAGUUUUACUUAUCAGAGUGCUCUCCAAAAACACCAGCAUGUUCACACAGGUGUGAAGCCGUAUCACUGCUCACAGUGUGGAAAGAGUUUUACUCAGCAGAGUAAUCUCCAAACACACCAGUGCAUUCACACAGAAGAGAAGCCGUAUCACUGCUCACAGUGUGGGAAGAGUUUUACUCAGCAGAGUGCUCUCCAAACACACCAGCGCAUUCACACAGGAGAGAAGCCGUAUCACUGCUCGCAGUGUGAGAAGAGUUUUACUCAUCAGAGUCAUCUCCAAACACACCAGUGCAUUCACACAGGAGAGAAGCCGUAUCACUGCUCACAGUGUGGGAAGAGUUUUACUCAUCAGAGUCAUCUCCAACAACACCAGCGCAUUCACACAGGAGAGAAGCCGCAUCACUGCUCACAGUGUGGGAAGAGUUUUAUUCGUCAGAGUGAUUUCCAACGACACCAGCGCAUUCACACAGGAGAGAAGCCGCAUCACUGCUCACAGUGUGGGAAGAGUUUUAUUCGUCAGAGUCAUCUUCAGCAACACCAGCGCAUUCACACAGGAGAGAAGCCGCAUCACUGCUCACAGUGUGGGAAGAGUUUUACUCAUCAGUGGACUCUCCUACAACACCAGCGCAUUCACACAGGAGAGAAGCCGUAUCACUGCUCACAGUGUGGGAAGAGUUUUUCUCAGCAGAGUCAUUUCCGAAUACACCAGCGCAUUCACACAGGAGAGAAGCCGCAUCACUGCUCACAGUGUGGGAGGAGUUUUAUUCGUCAGAGUCAUCUUCAGCAACACCAGCGCAUUCACACAGGAGAGAAGCCGUAUCACUGCUCACAGUGUGGGAAGAGUUUUACUCAUCAGUGGACUCUCCUACAACACCAGCGCAUUCACACAGGAGAGAAGCCGUAUCACUGCUCACAGUGUGGGAAGAGUUUUAUUCAGCAGAGAGAUCUCCAACAACACCAGCACAUUCACACAGGAGAGAAGCCGUAUCACUGCUCACAGUGUGGGAAGAGUUUUACUCAUCAGAGUGCUCUCCGACUACACCAGCGCAUUCACACAGGAGAGAAGCCGUAUCACUGCUCACAGUGUGGGAAGAGUUUUACUCAUCAGUGGACUCUCCUACAACACCAGCGCAUUCACUCAGGAGAGAAGCCGUAUCACUGCUCACAGUGUGGGAAGAGUUUUACUAGUCAGAGUGCUCUCCUACAACACCAGCGCAUUCACACAGGAGAGAAGCCGUAUCACUGCUCACAGUGUGGGAAGAGUUUUACUCAGCAGAGAGAUCUCCAACAACACCAGCGCAUUCACACAGGAGAUAAGCCGUAUCACUGCUCACAGUGUGGGAAGAGUUUUACUCAGCGGAGUACUCUCCAACGACACCAGCGAAUUCACACAGGAGAGAAGCCGUAUCACUGCUCACAGUGUGGAAAGAGUUUUACUCUUCGGUGGACUCUCCAACAACACCAGCGCCUUCACACAGGAGAUAAGCCGUAUCACUGCUCACAGUGUGGGAAGAGUUUUACUCAGCAGAGUGCUCUCCGAACACACCAGCGCAUUCACACAGGAGAGAAGCCGUAUCACUGCUCACAGUGUGGAAAGAGUUUUACUCAGCAGAGUGCUCUCCAACAACACCAGCGCCUUCACUCCGGAGAGAAGCUGCAUCACUGAUCAGUCUGGAAAGAUGUUUACUUAUUCAGUUACAUUUAAAACCUACAAGUGCACCAACUUGUAGACAUUGCAUGAUUUUAAAUUUGUCAAAUUAAAUAUGGUUAUUAUUACAGUUUUGGCUGAAAAUGACCUGUACUUGGAACUUUAUUGUUCAUGUUAUAUGACUGUUUUAAAAUACGUAACCUUAUAGUGAUGUUUAAAACAAGACUAUUCUUGUUUUCUUUUGAUCUUAAGUAGUCAUUAAUUACCACCAUACAAGUGACAAUUAAACUGCACCACUAUUAUCAAUGUAAUACUGCAGCAUGAGACUAAUUGUUAAUGGAAUUUGUACUGAUCAGGAGUUUAAUGUACUAUAACAGAACUGUGGAUCAAACCAAAUGAGUAUGGACCAUUUGAAAUUAAGCUCUUCCAGCUAUAUGCAUCCACCUUGUCUCACUGGUAGAGGAGAAGCCAUCAGUUAUUUAUAAUGAUAAUCUAGGAAUCGUACAAAACCUGAACAAAAAUUCAGUAUGCUUGAAGUUCUUUAUCCUAAUAUAUGUAGCCAAAAAAAUAAUUCUACCUGGUCAAUUCAGCUAAUUAUUAUUUCCUGACCCGUGGUCUAUAUUCUGAAGUUCUUUCUGAAUUUGCGAAUUUCAUCUCAAACCUGGUUGUUUAUUGAGACAACAGAUUGUUAGAGACGUUAUUUGUUUUGAUCACCUGGAAGAGACUGAGAACAGCAUUCCUGUCCAUUCUAGAUUCAGUAGGGGUUAAUGAGAGUGUCACAGGCUCUAACCCUAUUUUUUGAGGUUUUUGUAUGAUUCCUAAUUGUCACAUUCUUGAUCUAAUACUUGCAUUUGUAUUAAAUAUACUCAUCUUCCAUGAAGCCAUAAGUAACUGAGCAACACUUCCGUCUUCCUCUUUGGUGCUGUGACUCUCGCCGCGGACCGGCGCGUUCUACAGACAUAAAGACGCUCACCAGAACAUCUAGAACCAAGACGUCUGCUUUGCAAGUAAGAAUUCAGCGCGCUUUCGUUUACCACUGGCCACGGUAAACUUCCAAAAUCGCGCGAUCUAACUCAGAUUGAGUUACAACCGGUUUCCUUUCAUUUGUUCAUUAUAAGUAACGUUACGACUGCAGCCCAAAGCAGUUAAGUAAAAGUUAGAAGUUUUUGGAUUCCUUCUGACUAAAGCGCUGUGCACAUUGUUUGAUCAGAGACUUUUCCUCACGAAUGCUGAAGUUUGGACCAAGAAUCCUCUGCUUUCCACGGAAACGACCCACGUGCUCCGGUGGACUCAGAAGUUUUGGAACAUCUCCAUAAUCUUGCAAGAUACUGGAAGCAAGACUGGCAUUUUUGGGCAAAAAGACUAGUCUUAGGAAUUAGCUUUAUGAAGUAGUGUGAAUUUAAACUCGGGAACGGUUUAAUUGUGUACACUGUAGACACUCAGGGUGUUGAAUUAAUUAUUGUUCUAUUUUGUUCUCUCAGUUUUAAUAGAUAGGCCGUGCAUGCUUUUGCUAUCCUUUCUAACACUUUUAAUUUCAUCAUUACACAUAUUUUGACCUCAUCAAGAUUUCAGUAAAUUUAGUAAUGUUAUAAGCUAGUGGGUUAGCUAUCACGGCUAAUCCCAUUGUCUCAGAACACAAGGUAAAUCCUAACCUCCCCCACAUCUCAGAUAACAUUCCAAGUCUGAGUUAGCACACACACACACACCCUUUCUCUCCCACACACACUCGCGCACACACACGCUCAUCAAGUGUAUGACCAUACCAUAUUUGAAUGUAUUUAAACUACUAUUACCCAUUUUUAUCAUUGUUAUAAUAAAUUCAAUUAAUUGUUAAA